AGUUGCCAAAGCGGAAGUGAGAGCGCAGGUCCUACUUGUGCAGCUAGCAAACCGCCUUGCUCCCAUCCGCGGUGCCUCCCCGCCCGGCAUGGACGAUGGAUCUGGAGGAGGCUUUCCAGGUGGUCGGGGAGUUCGGCGCCUAUCAGAAGCGAGCCGUGUGCACCCUGGCUCUGACCCAGCUCUAUAUGGCCUGUCAAUCCAUGUUGAUGGUUCUGGUCGGAGCGACUCCAGAAAGCGAGAAGCAGCAGGAGGACAGGCUCCAGUCAUCCGUGGCGCUCUCCGGGCACGUAGAUUCCAUUGUGACGGAGUGGCUCCUCGUCAAGGAGCAGGCCUACAAGGUCAGUUUAGCAGGAUCGCUCUUCUUCGCUGGUCUCCUCCUGGGCAACAUCAUCUUUGGGCCGCUUUCGGACAAGAUCGGCAGGAGACCCGUUUACUUGGCGGGGCUUUUAUUUGAGGUGCUCUUUGGUUAUAUGACGGCGGCAGCGCACAGCUACGAGCUCUUUGCGACGUCCCGCCUCCUGGUGGGCCUGAUGAAUGGCGGCAUUGGCCUGGUCUGCUUCGUGCUCACCCAGGAGUAUGUGGGCAAGUCCUACUGGGCCAUGACAGGAACACUGACCAGUAUGACCUUUGCGGUCGGCAUCGCCCUCUUUGGAGCGCUGGGCUACAUCAUCAGGCCCUGGAGGACCCUGGCGAUGGUGGCCAACUCUUCCGGUGUGCUCUGCUUCCUGUUGUCAGUCACGCUUCCAGAGUCGCCACGCUGGUUGUACUGUCAGAACCAUACGGAGCGGGCCGAGGAGGUCCUGCGCUAUAUGGCGCUAAUGAACGGUAGCCCCGCCCCCAACUUGACUCUGCGGCGAGUGGGUAGCGCCAAGGGCGGUAGCGACAGAAGUGCGGGAGUCCUGCAGCUGGUGACCCACCCGGUCCUCCGCUUCAGGACGGUGGUGCUGAUUGUGUGUGUGUGUGUGUGUGUGUGUGUGUGUGUGUGUGUACAGGUAUGUCUGCAGUCUGGUGUAUUACGGCCUGACGCUGGGCGCCAGUCAGACAUCUGGAAGUCGUUAUGUGAACGUGGCCAUGUACGGCCUGGUGGAGCUGCCCGCCUACCCACUGUGUGUUUACUUCAUCAACAAACACUGGGCCGGCAGGAAGAAAAGUAUGUCCACCUUUUUGUGUCUGGGUGCUUGUGCCUGCCUCUGCACCAUCUUCAUCCCAGAAAGCGCAGAGAUGUCACUGGGCGUCACGUUGGCGCUGUUAGGAAAGCUGAUGGUGAGCGCGGCCUUCAACAUCGCCUACGUUUACACGUCAGAGCUCUACCCCACCGUGGUCAGGAACGCCGGCCUGGGAGUUUGCUCCAUGUCCUGCAGGGUCGGAGGAAUCCUCGCUCCGUUUGUUCCCGCCACGCGAGCGUUGGCCGCGUCCACGCCCUUCACCGUCUUCUGUGUGAGCGGCUUCUCCGCCGGAUGUCUUGUCCUCCUGCUGCCAGAAACCUUGAACACGCCGCCGGCCGAGACCAUGGAAGAGCUCAGCGCCGGCCGCAGCCGUGUUCUGGAGAACAAGCCUCUUCUCUAUGAAGAUGACAAGUGACUAGCCUCAAAUAAACGCCACCAGCAUCGUCUUCAUCAGCCAAGCUCAGCAAGGAUGACUGUCUGCGGCUUCAGCGACCCACCCCGUGAUGGACCAGGCUCACCUGGGGUGGGGGCACUGCAAUGCCACUUUCAGAUUGCAAUGUUGACUUUGAUGUGACGAUGAAAUGUGUUUCUGUUGUGAUGAAUCAGCAUUACUGAUGUGUGUAGAUCAGGGGUCACCAACGUGGUGCCCGCGGGCACCAGGUAGCCCCCCACGACCACAUGAGGUACCCGCAAGCCUGCUUUUCAUUCAGGUUUUCAGUUAAUAAUGUGAGAACACUAGAAAGAAAAGUAUUGUGAAACAUAAAAUGUGAGUUGUGGAUACCAGCAUUUUGUGAAUGUUUUGGUAAAACAAGCAUAUUUGAUCUGUUUGGGUUGAAAUAGGGUAUGAAAAUCAUUUCUACAAAAAUGAGUAGCUCGUGGCCAUUUUCAUUUUGUAAAAGUAGCUCUCGCAAGAAGAAACGUUGGUGACCCCUGGUGUAGAUGUUAAUGUCUAUUUUUACGAGACGUUUUCUUGAGACUGGACUGCUUUGAUCCUCAUGCCACCGUGUGGUUAUUAAGUGCUUUAUCCCUGGGACAAAUUAAAACAUUUAGUGGUGUUCAGUUUAUUUGGGUGACGAAAUAAAUGACGUUUUAACAAAGCGUC